UUAUGUAGCCGUUUACUUUCUUUUCAUAUCAUAUUUUAACGACAUUACACGUUUUAGAGCAGACUGCAAAUCCUGUAAACAGGGAGACAGAUUUUCACAUCCUCUCUGUCAAAGUGAUUAAAAGACAAAGAGUUGUUAUAAAAAAUGGCUUAGUAAAAUGAUACUGAAUAUCUUAAAACGAAGAUAUAUAAAACUUUGUGUCGAAACAUGAGUGUCACAGUUUUUACAUUUCGACACCUUUCGGUUUUAUUAACAUUUUCCUAUUUCUUAAAAACAACGAACAGCAAAACCAUAUCAGGAACACUUUCAAGUCAUUCAGCUAUUAACGAAUGGGGACAGUAUUUAACAACAUUUUGCUUUCAUGGUCAAGCUUUAUUGAACUACACCUUGAAUGAUACAGGUCAUUCCUCACCAAAGUUUGUUUUGUUUUUAAAUGACGAUUGGAGCGAUGCGUUACAAGAAGACGCGUGUGAAAAUAAAUUUGAAUUAGCCAGGGCAGUAUAUCAAAUAAAGAACAGAACUGGUAAUUUUACAGUAAGUUACAUAGAUAAACCACACCUUUACCAUGUGUUAUACGUGGAUGAUAACACCUGUGGAGAUGACAGUCGAGAGAUCAAACCUAACUACAUACAUUAUACAAUACAAUUACUCAAUCCUGACUCCCUAGGAAACCCUACAGAACAUUUUGGAGAUGAUGAAACAGGACUUCUUAGAUUUUACCAGUUAUUGACUUUAGCGUAUUUUGUAUUAGGGUGUAUAUUUGCUCCACGAUUGUAUGAAACAUUAAGUAAAGGAGGCCCAAUGCAGCUAGUCAUACAAUUACUAUCAGUGUCUACCUGUCUACAGGCAUUAGGGAGCUUUAUUAUGAUGAUUCAUUUACAAAGGUAUUCAAAAGAUGGAAUGGGUUCAUCAUUUGUAGAAUUAAUAGCUGAAUUUUUUGAUGUAUUGUCUCAGUUUGCUAUGUUGUAUAUGUUACUCAGUCUAAGUCUUGGAUGGACCUUAGGCACAAGUUAUAAAGCAGUAUCACAUCUACAUAUAAUCAGUAAAAAACCUGCAGCUAGAGUUGUAGGGGUCUUGGCUGUAAUACAGGCAAUACUAUUUAUAUGGGAACAGAUAGAAGAUACAGAUCACAGAAUGUAUCACGCUCAUCGUAGUUAUGCUGGUUUAGCACUUGUAGUUCUACGUAUUUUAUUAGCUGCCUUAUUUGCCUGGAAUCUCAAUGUAACAGUAUCAGCAGAAAGGAGUGCUUUACGUAGGGAAUUUUAUAAGUCUUUCACUAAAAGUUGUAUGUUAUGGUUUUUAUGUUAUCCUUUGAUAGUGGUGAUAUCGUGGAUAUUUUAUGAAUACCUCAGAUAUAAGUUGAUAACAAUGGCAGUUGUAAUGAGUCAGUGUGGAGCUGUGGCCAUGCUGUAUAAGUUAUUCCUGUCUAGAAGCCUGUACUGGGAAAUAUCUGCUUUAUCAAGUUCUCUCCCCUUACAUGUCAGAAUGGAUAAAACUUUAGGAUACAAAUUAUACUCAUGACAGAACAACAUGGAUAAUUAACUUUGCCCAAAACUGUGUUCAGAAAGAUGUGAAGGGACCAGUAUGGUCAUUAUAUUUGGAAAUGUAACUUUGUUUAACUGAUCUUCAGUGGCAUUGAAAGUUCAGAAUGUCUUAGCAGAAAGUAUGUACGACACCACCAAGAUAUAAAAUCAGCACAGCGGGUCAUACUAAAGGAUUUGAUUCCUUCUGGAAAUGGACAGUAUUGACACUUUAGGCACUAUUUUAACAUGUUUUAAAAAUAGGUAGUUUUAUAAUUUAUUUCCAUCCACACAUAUUCUGGAAUUAAAACAUAUGAAAUUAUUUUUUACAUAUUCAUCAAAUUUUAUUUAAAUUGUAGAUUUUCUAAAAAUUGGUAUGAUGAAAUAGAGUUUCAAAUGGCCCAAAUGUCCGUGUGAGCAAUUGCUAUUGUUUGGUUUUUGUUGACGUCCUCUGUCAUUCAUUAACCUUUCAAAAAUCUUUUGCUCUGACCCUAAUGGGCCAUUUAGGGUAUCUAUUGUAAAAACAUGUGUCUAGUAAUUCUGCUUGCCAACAAACGUGGCCACAAAAACCAAAAACUGCCUAACUACUGAUAGAAAUUAAUACCCUUUAAUAAAUGAUGAUUAAUUCUUCUCUUUUUAUUUUGCUUUUUAUUUUGAGAACUGUAGUAGUUAUAGCAAUUGUCAAUAGUAAAAAUUAUCAGCAAGACAAGAUCUACUUGCCCACAUGGGAACACAUCCGCAGCAUUAAACUGCACUUUUCCCCUGCAUGGGAAAAUUUCAACUAAUGACUUGAUCUCUCCACCCUGUACCUUGAGAGACCUGCAGUAGCCCACAUGGGAACUUGUCUGUGGCUUCAUACUUCAUUUGGAAAGCAAAGCAGAAAUCCUCAGUCCCCUUAUAGAAGGCAUUGCCCUUUAAAAUUUUGAUUGACAUUUUAGAUUUUUGGGUAAAGCUUUGUUAGAGAGAAAGUGUAAAAACCAAAAAUGAUCAGCAAAAACAUACUUUUUUUCAUGCAUUUUAUUAUGGAAUAACGUUGUAGAGUGCUUGGCCAUUGUUAAAGAUGCACAUAGAUGAUUGACACAAGCUCUUUAGAUUCUCUAUUUUUGUAUGGGAUUCUUUUUAUUAUUGUUUAAAAUUGGUUUAUUUUGGGGGAGGGAUGUAUUUGAUUCAGUUAUGUUAGACAUAAAUAUACUCUCAUUUAAUGUUAUAUUGACUGUGGUAAUUAAUUAACUGAGCAGAUUAUUUUAAGUGAGAAUGUUACAUAUCAUAUACAAAUGUGCUCAUAAAAUAGUUAUGUAUUCAAUGUAUAAAUGAGAAUUGUUAAGGGUAAGAUGUCUUUAAAAUGUUGCGAAUUAUUAUUAUAACUUUUGUAGUUAUGUAACAGUAAUCUUCCACUAAGUACACAUAUUACCUUUUUUAGUAGCAGGUUACACUAGUCCUAAGCUAGUGAAAGGUAGAACUGAAUAAAUAUGCUACAGUCAUAAGACAACAGUAUUUUAUUUUUCCAUCCAUAUGUACUACAUUACAUUUUUUUUCUCUUACAAGCCAAAUUUUUUGUACUUCAUCCAACCAUCUGAUUUGUGAUUGAAUUUCUUAUACUUGAGCAUGGAAUUUGCCUCAUCUGCAUAUAUGAUAAAAUUAGAUGAAAAUGGGUGUAAAUCUGGAGAAACAUGGUAGAAUAUCCUUUUUUGUUUCAUUACAAAUUAAAUGUAAAGGAAUAGCUUUUUAUUUUCUUAUGCUUAUUUGAACACAAAUUAUAAUUUUAUCAAUUUCAAUUUUUUGUUAUACUUAAUACAGAUCUUGAUAACUUAUAAAUGCAAGAUUCAUUUGUGAUGGCAAAUUAUGAAUAGCAAUAAAUUUUCUUUUAACCAAUCAUAGAAUGAAAAAUUAAAACAUUCCUUAAAACAUUCUUUUCCAACUAUAGACUAGUCCGACAAAUUGUAUUGGCUGUAGUUACUGUAAAACAUUUAAGUAGAUUUAGUUUGAGUACCUCAUUACUUAUUGUUUUUUUUUAUUAUGAGAAAUACAUAGAAAUAUUUCUAAAUCUGUUACGUAUGUUAGAAUCAUUAUGGUAACCAGCUUACCUGUAUUUAAUAUGUGUUGUUAAGUAAAUGACUGAUGCCAAUUCAUUGUCAUAUUGUAUUUUGUUGAAAUUAGCCAUCAUUAUCUGUAGUACAAGUUUUUGAUAGUCCUAUAGACAGUUUUCUAGGUUCGACAGCAUCAUAAAUUGCAAAGUAUCAAUCGAACAUUCCUAUAAAUAAAUUAAUCACCAAAAGAGGGAGCAUUUUUUAAACUGGGUUCCGUAUGUUUAUAUGAUUUAUUAAUGCAAUGCUUUUAACAGAAAUUAUUGAAACAGGAUUUUCUAUUAUAAUUUAUUCCCUAUAAAAGAAAGAGGGUAACGUUUGAUAAUACACUGUAAUCUGUUUUAAACUAAAUAAAUGACUGCUGUUUUUCAUUUACCAUUGUAGAAAAUAAUCAUUCAUUUGUUUCAAUAUUGUUAAGUGAAGAGUUAAAUCAUCUGCAUCUUUUAUUGUGGUAAUUGUUCUAAUACUAGGUGUUUAAGUCAUCAAAUGGUGCAAUGAUUAUUUUAUGUCAAAAUGUAAAGUGGUUGUUAUGACAACAAAUAAAAUAUUUAUUGUUUUCAAA